AUGCGUUUCAUAACACUUGCUGCUGUUGUAGCACUACUUUCAAAUCCAGUCUUGUCUGCCAUGACAGGUCCAAAUGAUCCACGUAUCGAACAAUGGAAUCGAAUGAAAAUCGCGAUGCCAGACGGUAUCUUGCCUGAAGAGAACCCCAUUGUUCGUGUGAAUGAAGAACAGAGCUCACCACUUACUCGUCCCAUGCAUAGACAUCAGUUAAAUCAGGGCCAAGGUUACAAACAGAUGGCUAUGCCUCAAAACUUGAAGCAUGUUGCUCCUUUGCCUCCUCGUGCUGCCCAGGUUGUGUCAUCUCGUGCGAGCAAACAAGCUGCAUCACCUACACCAAGACCCUUUAGAAAACUCAUUGCUCUAGAUGAUAAAGGAAACCGUCAAACAUUAUCCACUGAAGAAACCUCUGCUCGUGCUUUACUGAAAAAAGGAUUGAUCCAAGAAAAGCAAGUGGUCGGUAUGGACAGCGAAGGAAAUGUAGAAAUCUUGGAUAUCCCUGCAUAUAAUCGUCAUUAA